CUAAAUGCAUGUUUUAUGCUCGAGCUGUGCAUGUGUGCCUAGACCCCAUGGGUGUUCAGGCAGUGUGAAGAAUCACGCCCCAAGGCAGAUUCUGCGCCCACCAAAGUUCUGGCAGGCUGUGGAGGUCUUUCAGCUCUUCCUCCCCUGGCAGCCCAGCAGGAACCAAGUGCAAAGAGGAGAAACCAGCCUGUUUUCUGGUGGCCCCGCAAGCCACAGUAGGACUGUCUGUAGCACCCUGAGCGGAGUACGUGUUUGAACCUCUGCAGGAUCCAAGUUGCGCUGAACAGAGUCUGGGUAGCCACCACUUUUUGCUGGUACCCACAGCACAUGGGGUCCGUCCGCCAGCGGUGGUCCCAGGAACGAAGGGCUGAUGCAAAACAGCGCUGAGGCUCGCUGCUUCUUCAGCGUUGCAUAAGAGUGGCUUGGGUUUAACUUGCUUCAAAACUUUUUUGCCUUUCUACACAGAUCUCUUAGCUCUCUCUGCUAAAUACUAAGAGGAGGAGGAACAGUGCUUUUAGCAGAGCUAUGCGUAUGUGUGUGUGAAGGCAGCAAUCUUCCACUGAAGCAGUUCUCUUGGGAACAGCCAUAUUAAAAUCAUUCAGGAAAAUAGUUGCUGUUGGUGUCUCUUAUAUGGUUAGGCAGGAUGAAGAUGAGCACUGGCCUUGUCUCUGAGCAAGCAUUACUACUAAUACGUUUGUAAUAAGGGUGUAUAGGCCUAAACCAUACCUGGAACAUCUCCUUCAGGCACAAGUAUUUGCAGUAAGCUGCCAAGCAGGGACCUGAGCUCUCUGGCUAAGCGGCGCUUGGGUGAGGAGAGCAAUUGUAGCAGGCUUUUGUGAGGCUUGUGAGUUAUAUGGUUUGGUGAUGAUGAAGCUGCACUGCCCUUUUGCAGCUCUGACUAAUGUUAUUCUAUCCACCUUCAUAGACUUCUGCUUUUAAAACCUACUGGUCCCAAUCUUCCUUAAUAUACUUGAAAGGGGUUUCUUCGAUCCUAGAGGAAAAACCAGGCCAUUGGAAAUAGAAAUGGAAACUUAAAACUUUAUCUUCAGCCUCAUUUUCACCCCUGUAGACACUUCACACUGCUCCCAUGUGGGGUAUACAUAUAUUAAGUGUGACUGCCACAUGUGUGGAGAGAGGUGAAUUGAUUUAGGAAAGGUCAGAGAGCCAGAGUCAGUACUGGGAUCAGCUGUGAGGGAUUCUUGGUGCCUAGCCAGUAGAUCACAAUUUUUUGGCGUGAACAUGGUGUGCAAAAACCCUGUGGUCUGUGUUUUAAACAGCGGUAUCUCUGCGGAGGAAUCAACCUACUCACUGUAGAAGUUCUACCUGUUUAACAACAGCUCAGGCGGUUGCUCCUCCCCACCUAACUGUCUUCGUCUUUUUGUUGCUUGGAGCAUUACAUUAUGUUAAGAUCAGCCUUGGUUUCAUCCAAGCCAGAGACUAAGUAGUCCUGGUCACAAACCGGAGUAGUUUGCUCUUCCUGAGUGAUUGUUUUGGGCCCUCUGACAACCAGGGCCAGCAAAACUGCAUGUUACGGUCUCAUUUCGGAUUCUGCUGAUUCUCUCCGUGACAAUAAGAGCCCCUGGGUGCCUGUGCAACACUGAGGUCUCUGAAUUAUGGCUGUGCUUGCAACCUUAGUUACGUGGCAAUGAGUAACAGAGAGAAGAAAUCUGACCUACAGAAACGUAACACUAGCGCUCAGUGAGCUGAUCUAACUAAUUUAUGAGUUUGUUUUUUAAGCAGAAACUUUAUGGUUUUCAUUAAAGCAGAACAACUCUGCUCUGGCUUUUGCAAUUGGCCUACCUUCUGACUGUUAUUUCAGUAUUUUGGAGCUUGCCUAUAAAUAUUUUUUUGCAAAUAAAGCAAUACCAGGAAACACGCUUACUGGGUUAUGUCGUGGCUCACUAAUUAUUGUGCUGAUAGCUUAAAUCAGUUCCCUGAGUGCAAUGAGUGCACCAACUCUUGAGGGGUGGUUUAUUUUUUCCAGUUUCUACUGCUCUCUGCUGACACAUCUGUAUCCCCCCCCUAAAACAAUACUCCUGGCAAAAUAUAAGCAUAAAUUCAGCCUCCAUCAAGAAGAACAUUAAGAAGCAGUUAUUCUGGGAAACAUUGAUCCACCUGAAAUCCAUAAGGAAUCUGAAUGAGCCUGCCAGCAGUAUACUGUACUCUUGCACUCUCAACUCCACAGAGUAUAAUCCACAGAAAAGGUGCAAUGUAGCAGGGAUCUGAGGAAAGGCUACUGGGUCAUUCCUCCAGAUCGCCUUUAAAAUAGGCUGUUGGAUGGGCCAGCUCUUUCUCUUCUAAAUGUUAUUAUAACCCAUUUACACUGGGAAGCAGUGAGUUUGCUGCCAGACAGCAUACUUUCCAUCAGAACGUUUAAUUAGUGGGUGGUGCAGAGAGGUAGAGGCUCUGGUCUUCAGGCUGGGGGGAGGAAGGGAGAACAGCUAGGGUGCGUGCUGGGUGGUAUUCCUGUGCACAAGGAAUUGCACGUUUAGCAGGGAUGCCAGCUCAGCUGUGUAAGCAAAGCCUUCUGCCCACUCACCCCUCAGCAAGGGAAAUAGGAAGGGAGGCAGGUAGCCAAGAUUAGAAGGAAAGCCAGCCCAGGGGUGCAGCUGGGUCAGGCCUUUUCCUUGCCUUCCCCCCCAGCCCCGGGGGUUUUGGUUUCCACACGCAUGUGGACCACUCUAAGUUGGCCAAGCCAUCCUUGACUCUGUGCUAAACACAGGCCUGCCUCAGAGUUGAGCUCUUCUGGUCAGUGAUUUGACAAAACAAACAGGUCUUACUGCCAUAUCCUGAAGACCAAACUAGCUGCUGAACUUUAUUGGAGCAAGGGCAGGUUUGAUUUCGGGCGUGGAGAAAAGGCUGUCAUACAGGGCUGACCCAACCAAAACCUGUGCCGUAUGCCUUGGACUGCCUCUGAGUGAGAAGAGUUGUUUUUUGCCAGCAUGUGAGGAUGCAGAGCAGAAAGACCCUCUACCAACUGGGACCUUAAAUCAUCUUCUGCUCUUUCAGUUGGGGUCUAUUCAACAUCCAUAACAAAAGAACAAGAGAGGGAGACCCUCUGCAUUUCUGAGAUUUAACAAUUAUUUUAACAAGUGAGAACACCUAAGUCCCUUAGCAACGGUUCCUUGCUCUUCUCCCUGUCUGACAGCUCAGCUCUUCUUCAGCUCCUUUCAUCAGAGCAGAAGUGCCUGCUGUGCCUUACUGGCCUUGAGCCACCAUGGGACCAGUCUUUGCAGGCCCUGAAGGCUGACAGACAUCCACUGGGGUAUUACAGCAUGGAUCCAGCUCUUUUGGGAUUGGGGUGCAUUGCUCCCAUGCUCAGUGAGCAGCAGCCUGUGCUGCUUCUCACAGUGACAUGCUGUUCCCAAGGCAUGAUCUAAAAGAUCAGGGCAGAGAUCGCCUAUUUGGGCCAAUUUGGCAGUUUACCCUCGCAGGCAAAGAAGGAAAUGGAGAAGUGAGACUGCACGUGCUGUCCGGUCAGAGCAGGUAUGUGGGAGGAGGGAGGGCUGAUCAGUCCCCUCCUCAAGGGCUGCCAAGUUGAAGUGAUCUUGAUUCCCACGAAGGCAGACAGGAGAACAAGGACACGUCAGCCUAAUAUUGAAUCCUCAAAGGAACCUGCUACCAAGCUCAUCUCAGCCCAUGGAAGGGCUAUUCCUGAUUUCUUUAGGCUUUGGAUCAAGACUGUAAGAGGGUUUGAAGUCGCUGUGAUCACAGCUAGUUAUCAGGGUGGUAGACUCCUCUUCUGCAACCCACUGUGCGUAGUUGCGCAACUGUUUCAUUUAUCAGCACGCAACUAACUUUUCUGGCCAAUCAACUUCUACUUCUGUUCAGAGGAAUUAACGUCGUUUCCUGUUUCAUUGAAUAUUUCUUAAGUUCUAAAAUACCCCUUCUAAAAUACGGUAGUUUAUCUUUUGUGAUUCUGCAUUUCACAUCUUCCUUUAUGCUCUUAGACUUAUUUCUUGCCUCUUCUCCUAUGUUUUCUGUUUCUCCCAUUAGCUCUCUAAACCAAGCUCCCCAGCAUUUCUACCUAGCAAGCUCCUUCGAGCAGCUAGACACCUUCUCUAAAACAAGCCAAUCCCAGACAACCGUCCCAGCCCUUACACUUAUGCUGCUGCUAAUUUCGCCCUAAUCCAUUUUUAAAAGAGAGGGCUGGAGGACAAGGAUGGAGUCUGAGGAGGGAGUUCCUCUUUUGUCAGUCUGUCUGCAACGCUGACAGACCUGUGGCGUGACUUGCACAUUUUCUCACGAGAGGAGCUGUUUUAACUCUUCCGUGAUCACUUCAAAGAUGUUUUUUUCUGGUCUCUUGAGUUUCUAUGAUCAUUUUAUUAAACUUCCUGGCUGUGCUUCAGUAGUGGGCGACUGAACAUAGUCUUCUCUGCGUCGCACUGAUAAUAGUAAUGUGACGUUUAACGAGCACCUGUGAAGUCCUGUAGCAGGGAAGAAACUGCCAUGCCUGUGGGAAUCUUCCGGGUGUGCCUAGUGGUGAUUACAGCUAUCGUGAACCACCCACUCCUCUUCCCUAAAGAGAAUGUCACCGUCCCUGAGAACACGGAAGAAAUCAUCCAGAAGAUGAAGGAGCGAGAGGAGAGCCUUCGACUGGAGCAAUUGCGUUUGGAGCAGGAAAUUGCAGGGCAGGAAGCCAGGCAGAAGGCUCUAGAAAAGGCUGCAAAGGUAGUGGAGGAAAGCAAAGAGGAAAAGGUCCCAUGGGAUAUGUGGACUGCUAUUUCCAUGGUCAAGGACACAGGCGGUGAAGAGGAUGACAUGGCUGUCCUGGGGAAAGCUUUUAAAGGAGUGGCCUUCCCUGACAAGGUCAUCUUGGCUAGCUUCUAUGAGAAGCGCAUCCUGGGUACCACCGGAGACAUGGCCAGGAUGCGGGAGAUGGUGGAAGGCUUUGCAGAUGAUUUGCUGGAGGCCUUGAGAAGUGUUUGUAACCGGGAUGCUGACAUGGAAGUGGAGGACUGCAUGGGUGUGGGGAGCAUGUAUGAGAAUUGGAGAGUGCGUAAACCUUUUGUCUGUGACCUGAUAGUGCCUUUUGCCCCCCCGGAGCCAUACUGUUUCCGGUCUCAGACCUGGUGCUCUGGCGAUUCUUUUCCCCCAGAUGAACAAGGUUAUGGCACUAUCAAGGUCUGCAGAGCAGAUGAAGAUGUGGCAGGUUGCAUCUGUGACAAGACUAAACUGGGGGAAGAUAUGUUGUGUCUCCUCCAUAGCCAAGCCAAUACUACCAGGCCCAACAGUGAGAUGGAAGACCUUCUGUGCUUCAAAAAUACUCAGUAUCUGGAUGCGGACCAAGUCAUGAAGUGGUUCCAGAUCGCGGUCACCAAGGCCUGGAACAGAAUUUCCCACAAGUAUGAAUUUGACCUUUCCUUCAGCCUCCUGGACUCCCCAGGGGCCCUGAAGAUAAAAUUUAGGUCAGGGAAAUCAAUUGCCUUCAACCUCACCCCUGUGGUGCAGUAUGAAAACUCUGAUGUUUACUUCAUCUCUCACUUCCCUCGGAGUGGCCUGGCAGCAGACCUGCCCUCCAGCACUCACUGGUUUCUCACUUUCGCAGUAUACGAGAGGAGGUUCAUCCAGUUGGUCUCCAAAAUGCUGCCUGCCAAUGCCUGCCAUGUUAGCUGCCUUCAGAUCCUCUCCUUCCUCCACGAGAAACAGUGCAGCCUCACAGGUCCAAGCGGACUCACAAACUACCACCUGAAGACAGUGCUGCUCCAUCUGCUGCAGGCACGUCCCUGUCAGGACUGGGCCCCGGAGAAGUUGGAGGCCCGUCUGCAAGACAUGCUCAAAUUCCUGGAGAAAUGUUUGCAUGAAAAGAAGCUUUACCACUUCUUCAUUGGCAAUGGGAAGGUACCAGCAGAGCUGGGUUUCCCCAUCAUAUUCCAGAGGGCUGAGCCUCUCAACCUUUUCCGUCCCUUUGUGUUACACAGGGAUGUUUACAGGAAAACAGUGGACACGUUCCAUGAGAUGCUCAGGAACACAUCUGCACUGAUAAAUGAGUACACAGUACACAUUCCACUUGCACAUGCAAAUGGGAUCCAUAAAGAAUCCCUUUAACCAAAGCCAGCAGGAAAACACUUGUUCCUCUAACCACAAGUCAAUAGGGCAGCUUUCUGAAGCCUCCUGGAGGCAACUGACUUUGCCAGUACAGCUUGUUGUCUGCAGCUGAACCUGUCCUGGGCUGUGGUUUCUGCAGUAUGGAAGAGGGGAUAUGGGUAGAAGAGGGAGAAACUGGAAGAUGUGGUGUAAAAGUGAGUCUCUGCUCCACGGGUGUGCUGGCUGGGUUUUGUGCAGCUAAAUAUAUUUUUCUGUUUUGUCUCAGUCAUGACACAGCGGUGAUGAGCAACCAGUAUGACUAAUUUAUUCAGAUGCCUGCAAUGCAAACGGUGGUGGUGGCCCAAAAACUUCAUUUCCUUUGGAAGGGGGAGCUAAGAAAAGGGUAGAGGAAUCAAAGAAAGGAUUUUGGCAUCGCAGGAGCCUGUCUGCUUGCAAACAAACAGCAGGAGUGCUGCAACCCUCUGCAACAAAGCGCAACAUGAAACUCAGUGCUAGUGUGGGAAGGAGGGUCCCUACUGAGGUCCCUUGUGCAGAUCUCAACUGGAGAUCUUUAAAACAACUACAGUUCUUUAAUCGCAAGGGAACUGCAGUUGUAGAAAAGCUUGCUUGAUAGGACUUGCAGCAGUAAUUUAAAAAGCUUGUCCUGUCCUUUAAAACACCCCUCUCCUGCACCCUGCACAUUUAUUCUCCAUGGGGGGGAAUGUAGCAGAGCAGGCAGCAGGAUCUGUUUCUUCAGACCAUUUCAUCCGAGUCCUUCAUUUCUUUCAUGGUAAUAUGGCUAGUGGGAUUUGUCCUUGGCUGUUUUCCAUGGCCUCCUUGGAUAAAAGAGUGAAAUGCUCUUGUUGGCUUUUUGGCUUAUUUGUUUGUUUUCCUUAUCCCUGGGCAGCAAGUCUGAGAACCAGCAAAGACAGAAAUGACUGCUACAGGGUUUUGCUCUACUUUCACAAAAGAGGAAACUUUCCAAAAUUGUCCUGUAAAAAGCCCAAUCACAGCAGGUUGGUAGCGAGAGGAAAGAAUCACCCUCUAAAUGAGCUUAUGACUCUCCCAGCAUGGUUUUAAUGAGGUCAAAGCCAGCAAGAUGGCUCCAAGUUGGGAGGAGGGGAUGAAAGAGGUAUGUAUACACACAGCACAGCUUAGAAACACUGUGUCUUCUGCUCCCUUGUGAUCUGUCAUCCUUUCUGCUCCCAAGUACCCAGGCAAAAGCUGCCUGUCUGCCUCCAUGUAGGAUUUCUUCCGUCCUUCUUAACACUGCUACUCCAAUGAGGUUUGCUGUUGGGAGCCACAGCUAGUGGGCCAUAAUUUGCUGAGACCAGAGUACAAUGGAGAAAUGACAGCUUCUGCAGGCUUUCAAGACAGGGGAGAAUCUUGGGGUAUAUGCUAAAAAACUCAAUGCAGAAAUCCCCGAGGCAGAGGUGGCUGAACCCCCUCAGGAAGUAGCACGUUACUGCAGUGCCAGGGGGCUACUAAGCCCCAGCAUGGUGGCCUUCUUGGAGGAGAGGGCCCAAUAGCUCAUCACUCUCCUUUGUGUGCUUUGUGCAGGAUUCAAAUCAGGGUGUCUGUUCAGAUCUGCCUUUUGGAGGUCCCCCGAGUCCUGGCCUCCUCUGCUAAGGCCUCUUGCCUACAGUGGUCUUACAUUAGGAUUUCCUGCAAUGUGCCUGCACUAGGCUUCUCUGAAUCCUGUUUACAAGUGGACAGUUGUUCUGGUUGGUGAAACCAAUCAAGGAUGAUGUUACCAUGUGCCAUGGCUCCACAGGUCCCUCUUUCUUUAUCAGUCCUCGCUACCACAUGCAUCAGAGGGGCAAUUUAAUCCCUUGUCACUGUUAGGGUCAGCAUAUAGCAAGAGGCUCAUUAUCCAGCCUGCUGAUGAGCAAACUUUCCAUAGAAGUUUCCUCUCUACCCUCUUCCUCGUACUGACCACUUUACCACCUCAUUGAUGUCUGCUCUUGUCUGUCCCUCCAUCAGCAAGGGACAUUUUAUGUACCAAGGCAGAGAAAGCUCUAAUUCCUCUUUCCACACCUGGUUGAUAAAAAAGCAUUGGUGGCAACAGGGUGGCAAUUUCCAGUUUGCUGGAAAUUGCUGAUCCCUUUGGCUUUUAUCAUCACAGCUACAGGAUGGUUAAAUAAUAUUCCUGAGCAGAAAACGAGGGAUAGGGAAGCAAAAUGAGAGCUGGGGCUGCCGGCUCAUCCCACUAGGAGACAGCCUCGGAUCGUCAGCCUGGUGUUUGCUUCAGCAUCCUUGGCAGUCUCUGCAUGGGAGACUGCCAGGGCUGGCAGAGCAACAGGAAAGGCCUAAUUGUUAACGCUAACCAGAAGGCCCUUGGCUUUCAUCAGCACAACCAAGCAAGCCUUGCUCAGCGGGAACGGGGGCAGGAGCAAUUUCAAGGGACACAACAAGCAGGUAGUGACAAGCAGAGGCACAGGAACAGUGGGUGAAUACUGGAGCCUGGAGGCUACAUUGGAAGCUGAAUAGGAUGUUUGCAAACUCGAGUGAUUUUCCAUUGCUACCUGCUCAGGUUUUACUCUGCAGUGCCUCUAUCACAUCCAGCUUUGUGUGGGCUGCCUGCAGACAGGUCAUGCUGAAGCAGUUGUGGUCUGAGUUGCUUCUAAAUGUGUUCCCAGCGCAGCCAGAGAGAAAUGAAAAUUUCUCUGCCGUUUCCUGUCAAGGAGUCUAAAUUUAGCCUGUCCAAAGAACAGAAACAAAUUUGUGACCCAGGUCUCUCAGGAAAUGACACUCAGGGUUGAAAAAUAACUUUUAUAUAAGAUAAAGCAGGGGGAGGAUGAGAAGAAAAGGCUGUUGAACAGAAUAAUCCAACUUCCUUCUUAAAAAAUGUCAGAACAAAGCUGUUUAACAGCAGUCCUGUGGGUUUGUAAACAUGCCUAAACUUGACUUUACAACAAGUCCAGGUACUGCUGCUUACACUCAAAGGGAACCUACUGAAAAAUGGAUUGCAUCUUUUGUUUUUCAUUUUGUGUGUUUGUGUGUAUAUUUUCUCUUAAACCCAAACUGACCCUGAAACCCAAACUGACACCAUGUUCUCAUGGUGUCUGGUAGAACGCAAACUGGAACUGAAACAAGGAAUCUAUGGAUUUGACUCCCCAGAAAGAAAAUUUAUUGGCUUAAUUUUCCCACAUGCAAUAUGCUUACUUUGUCCUGAGCAUCUUUUAAGAGAUUUGUUCUAUGCAUUCAGGCUAUAAUGGAACCCACUCACGUCUUUCUGGCAGGGAGAAGUGCUCUUUGUUAAUAAGCUCCAGUAAGCUUCAGGGUGGAGAUCUUUUUAAGUCACAUACCCAGAGGUAUACACUUGUCCCGUCUGGGGAGAUGUGGGUACACAGCAUUUCCCUGGAUCAGACUGCAGCUGUGCUACAAGGAGGUCAUGAUAUGAAGAACAUCCUUCCUUGCAAUGCUUUGUCCCUUUUGUAGUAAAUCUUUGUCCACCGAGUACCAGCCCUGUUAGUAACAGGCCACAUUCACAUUUCAUAAAAAAGGUUAAGAAGUCAGUUCAGCUCCAUCAGCUGUCAGCCAGUGAAAAUGGCCUAAGACUUUUUACUGGUGGCCACGUUUAGUUCUGCCUUGACUGAAGUCUUGCUGGGUAUUCACCGGAAGCAGCUUCAAAGGGCAGGGGUGGAGGUGGGGUUUUGUUGUUUAAAGCGAAUAACAUCAUUCUUUUAAAACUGAACAGUGCAUGACAUGUGAGCAACAAACACACAUCAUCUCUCUGGUAACGCCCUCAUCACUGUGAGAGAUCCUAAGAAAGGGUGAUCUGCCUACCCAGACCCCUUUCUUGUGUCUCAGUACUGUUCUUGCUCUUUGUUAACCAGAUGAACUCCUACUGCCUUCUGCUGGUUUCCAGCCACUCUCUCCACCCUCAACUUGUGGUUUCAAUAUUUUGUUACAGGCUCUUUGAAAGCAGUGGAAUUAGUGGUGGGUUGAUAACAUCCACUGAUCUACAACGUAGCCUCAGGAGCCAUUCACCUUUCAGAAAUGUCUUGGUCUAACGUUGUUAUUACUAUGCAGGAGCUGAACGUCAUCUAAGAGGAGCUGUGCAGAGUUCACUCUUUACUAUGUGCCAACUGCACGAUAUGGCUUCUCUCUCUGGGCUGUUCUGCAUACAGUAGUUAU